AUGACAUUGACUGUAUUGACAGGCAUCGCGCAAUCAUUCGUGGAUACCCAGCACGUCUCUUCUCCAAAAGAAUCCCCCAAACAGACGGGACAGGAAAUGCAGCAACCCCCCGAUUUCUGCUGUCCCUGCGGUGGUUUCCUGGGCUGGAAGCAGAUCCGCCUCGGUGGAAAGAGUCUGAGUCGCAGCUAUGGCGAUCUUCGCAACCUGGGCAGCAUGCAGUCGAAGGGGUGGGCGUGGGAGUCGCAUGAUCACGACCAUGUCAAGAAGCUUGACGUCCCAAAGGCUUCCGAGGUGCAAGCCGUGGUCGAGCCGGUUCAGGAAGAGCAGCAGCCAGGCACAUCGCCUUUGGAGAAGCUUCCACCAGAGGUUUUGGACCAAUGCAUCUCCUACCUGGCCAUUGAUCUACCACCCAACGGCUACACGCCCCGCAAUGUCGAUCUUGUAUCGUGCCUACUUACCUCGCGCACGUUGCACGCGGCCACUUUGAGUGUGUUGUACAGGAACAUGACUUUUCCUCAUUCGGUCAUCUUUUCCAAGGCCCUCAACCAUAUGUCGUCUUAUCCGGCGCUGGGUACAUUGGUGCGCCGUCUCGACUUUUCGCACUUUACCUCUGUCGGCUUGGGUCGCACCAAGCAGAUGAACGCCGAGAUCCAGAACCUGACCUCGCGCACUCUGCUCAAGUGUCUGGAUCUGCUGCCCAACCUGAAGGAAUGUCUCCUGCAGGAACACCUGGAGGGUGAUCUCAGCGUGGAUGUGGUGCGGAAGCUGUUCAUCGGCCUUCCAAAUCUCCGCGCAAUCGACUUGUGCGGCUGUUCCACCCAGUCCUUCUCGCAGGUGUUCACCGAGGCCCUGACCGCUGGCCCGGCUUUGCCGAUGAGCAUGCCCAACCUGCAGCGACUCUCUCUCCACGAGUGCAGUACAAUUCAAGCCCCGAUCUUCGACCUCCUUUUGCCGAGGCUCACUAACUUGACCCAUCUGGACCUGACCCAUACCCAGGUGAAUGAUUCGGCUCUGUUUGCGAUUCCUGAAACGGCUCGCAUCACACACCUGGGCCUUUCUCGCUGCACCCGGCUGCGUAGUUCUGCUUUGGUCGAGUUCCUCACCACGCAUCCUGCCGUCUGUGACUCUUUGCUCUACUUGAACCUCCUGAACGAUCCGACUCGUUUCCGUCUCCUGGAGGAGGACGAUGUUACGGCGCUCUUGCCCAAAUUGCCAUCGACUCUUCGCUCUUUGAACCUCGGAGGUGCCAAGAUCACUUCCGAUCACGUUCCGCUCUUGGUGCCUUUGACUGGGCACUUGGAGGAACUGGGUCUCAGUUCGGCGGAUCUGUCUGUCAAGGACGUCAAUUCCUUCUUUUCUCGAUCUUCUGACAAUCACGCCGCCCGGGGGGUUGGCCCCAGCACGCUGUGCUACCUUGAUCUUGCAAAGGUGCCCCAGAUGACCAUCGGCGCGAUCUUCAACACCACCACGUGCACGCUCCUCUCGGAGCACAGCUACCCCCUGCAGGUGAUUGAGUUUAGCGACAAGAUCAUCACUCCCUUGCGCGAACGGGCCAAGACCCAGCGUGUCUCGGUCGGCUGGACUGUCCGUGACCUUGGUCGCCGUGGUUGGUACGUGCGGGACCCGGCAUCCAUGCCGAAUGCGCCGGUGGAUGACGGUUCGCGUUCCUGGAAGAUGGGCGCGCGCUGGGGCAUGCGCAAGAUCCCCAUGGCCGUCGGGGAUGUGGGCGGUCUUUAUGGCCACUACAUGUUCAAGAAAUGA